CUGAACCGAUCACGUCAUGGAAGAGAACACAACUUUCUCAACGGAGACAUCAGUCGCCAUGGAAACUACUGAUCAACCAGAGUCCUCCCUGUCUACCAUUUCUGACGGCUCCCCAGAUGAGUACGCAUUGAAUGUCGUCUAUGGUAUCAUUGGAUGUCUCGGUAUCCUAGGUAACGGCUUAGUGUGUACUGUUUUCCUGAUGAGACGUAAGGUGUUCGGAUCCUCCACUAACCUCCUCAUCCUGAACCAGUCCAUGAUUGAUUUGGUUGACUCGAUCCUGACUCUCAUUCUUCGAUUCGGCCCCCACAUGUCUGAUCAGAAGCACGACAUUUGGGGCGAGUUGGCCUGUCGGAUAUGGUUCUCCGAGUACAUCAUCUGGUCUCUGUUUGUCGCCUCGACGGUCAAUCUUCUCUUUGUGUCCCUGGAGAGAUACUUCGCCAUUUGUCACGCCGUCAAACACCGCAAACUGUUCACUCCACGUCGCGCUAACAUCGGCCGCGUCAUCGUCUGGAUCGUCGGAUUCCUCUACCAAUCCUACUGGGCUGCCUUGCACACGUUCUCCCACGAAGGAUGCUACCCUUACUGGCCCAGCCCGACAAUCCAAAAAAUCGGCGGUGUGUUCUUCUUCUGCUGCGAGUACCUGAUCCCUCUCUCCAUCAUGUCCUUCAGCUACGCCAGUAUCGUCAUCAUGCUGCGUAAGAAGAGCAACAGCACGACACACGCGAACACGUUCCAUCGCGCCAAACGCAACGUCACGCUGACACUGUGCAUGGUGUUUCUGUCCUACACCGCCUGCUGGACGCCUACAGAGAUCGCCUACAUCAGGUACAAUCUGGGAGGAGAGUACGACUUCGAAAGCACCUUACAUCGGAUUUUUACCGCCUUGGUGCUUGGUAACAUGUGCGUGAAUCCGAUCAUAUACACUUUCAAGUAUGAACGGUUCCAGGUGGAACUGAAGAGGAUCGUCCUGCGAAGGAACCGGGUGGGCGAUUCCAAUAUCAUCGACGUCACGGCUCGAACCCAAGCUGGGUCGGAUCAAGAGGGACCAAGCGUCAUGCGCUAAGAUCACAGAUCCUUAUCUGACUGAAACCAUGGACAGAGAAAAUAGUGUAAGACCAAAGUUUUUGCUAAGCACAACACAGAAGAUGUGCUCUGCUCGUAAUACGAUUUCUUCGAUCCGUAUUUUUUGUUGUUGACAACUAGAAAGUAAUCAGAGAGCGCAAA